AUGCGUCAUGACACCAUUCGAGCCUUUAUGAUCUCUGGAAAUGUACAAUUCAGCAGCGAAGUAGAGCCAGUUUUAGGAACUUGGAUUGUGCUGUCGCUCACCGUAAUCUUGACUGAGUUAAAGAAACAAAUAAUCACUCAUCUAAGUGACCUGAAAGCAGAAUUCAUCAGAUACUUCCUAGAUAUAGAUGAGAAGCGUGAGGCCUGGAAGUUCAUCAGGAACCCAUUUCAAUAUGAGGUAGCUGAUGUUGCUGAUGAAGUCCAGGAGGAGUUCCUCAAGUUGAAGUUCAACUCCACAGGUACAGAAGACUUCAAAGAUAUGGAUUUGGAGACGUUCUGGGUCAAGACAUUUGGUCCUGAAAGAAUCAUUGUUGUAUCUCAAUAUCCAAGGAAAUUACAAGCAUAUUUGUUUUUGGCCUUUAUCAGUAGGAAUUACCUCACCACUGGGGGUCUUCGGAACAUUAGCUUUGACAGGUCAGUUUCUCUUCCUAGAACAUCACAACUCAACAACGACUCUGAACUCAGAUAG